AUGCUUCACCAGAGGCAGGCCAAACAUUCCCUCUUCCCAACUCCGGCUUCGUCCAACUCGCUACCGGCGACACGAGCGAUUACUCCUCGUGCUGUUAUGCAGGACCAAGCAUGUCGAGCACCAACACCGCCCUCUCUGCCCGAGCGGGAGGAGCAACGGCGACCCGGCCCGACGUCAGAGCAGCACACUCAUCGGUCCUCUCGGCCUCACCCCCGCCGACCGUCGCUGCAGAUCACAACGCCCGGCACGAAUAGGCUCCCACAGUUGACGCAGCAGCAACCGCAACAGGCAAAUGGAUAUGGUGAAAUUGACUUCAGCCAACGUCCCGUCGCGAGCAGGGAUGUGCAGGGCUGGCCCCGUCCCGUGAACGCGAACACCCGAGAACCAAAUCCCGUGCCUGUCCAACAGCCCCAGGCAAGCGCACAAGCAAGCGGCAGUGCCGCCGAGGGCACUGAGCUGUCCGUUUCUCAAACCAACAUCCACGGGCGUGGCCACAGGGCCCAUUCCGAGAGCUUCAUCUCCAAACUCCCCACCAAUGGCGAUGCUGGCGGUCGAUUUUCAAACGCUUCACGGACUUUGCCAUCCAUCUUCCCCACGUAUGACCCCGAGGUCCCCCUCAACCAACAGGCGUACGGGCCGGCACACACGCCGGUGAAGCUGGGUCCGAUAAGGAUCCCCCGAGCAGCCAUCAGCCGGCAGUCGUACUAUGACGAGCCGACUGCUCCAGAAUCUCGCAACACCCGGGUGUAUGGCCGAGCGAGUACGGGCAAUUCACAAAUAGCUGGUCCGGGGACCACCUGGCCACCGCAGCCAGCUGUCGAACUGGCCGCCGAGCCCGAGACAUGCACAACAGAGCAGCUCAAAAGCCUAUGGCGAGCCAUCAACGGAUCGAAGGCCUCCCCCUCCGAAGGCCGUAUCUACCGCCUCAGCAUGACCCGGGCUAGGGAUGCACCUGUGUACACUCUCUCCUCUGCCUCGUCGCAACCGCUCUACAUCCUCCGUCUUGAUCCCACCUCGACGUCCGCGUACGUCACCCUCACGCGUCACGACCCUAGCAAGCCAUGCAAAGUGCCCGACCGCCGCAUCUCGUCAUCCUCCAUCAGCAACGGUGACGGCAAGAAGCAUUGGCAAGAAGCCCUCACGACGACACUCGAGGAGGAAUCUCGCAGGCACCACCCCAACGAUGGCUUGGUCGCGCUGCUCAUGCCGACGCCGGCGACAAGAAUGGCUGUUGAAAAGUCCGACGAUCCGGUUGCCGUCGCCAUGGCCGAGAGCGAGUGCGCCCGGCUCGUCUAUGACGAAGACACGGCAAAAUAUUUCCUCGUUCACGAGGCGCUCGCCACACCAUUCUGCGUCGCAAUCGAGGGCUCGCCCGCCUACUCUCGCGUCGAGUACACGCUGGAGCAUCACGAGUCGCCGCGGCACCUCGCCAAGCUGAUGCGAGACGGCACGGGCGGCGGCUGGGUCGAGAUAGAUACCUUGGUAGCCUCCCUCGUCGACAGUUGCUACAUCAUCGACGUUGCCGUCACCGCCCUUCUCCUCGUCGCUGCCUCCGACGACAAGAAUUUACCGGCUCCGCUCGAGACGUUUGAGCCGCCACCGCCCGCCGUCCUCGCAGGUACCGGGUGUCGUGAUGCCGGUCGCCUCGGCAAACUGAGCAUCCGGCGCGACUACAGAAGAGGCAAGAAGAGUGGCAAGAUGGAAACGUUUGAGAUGGAUGUUGAGAGCCAGGCGGGGAGCGUCGGCAAGGCAAGGAGAAAGGAAGAUGCAGAAAACAAACGGCCGUUGAUGAUACGCAUCAUCGUCAAGCUGGCCAAGGGAGGCUUCAAGUGUGUUCUGUGCAUGCUCACGAUCGCGGUCAAGUGUGUCGCUGGCCUUUGCAAGCUGGUAGGUAAAUGCGCAGGAUCAAAAUAG